UAAGUGUUUUUAAAUUUAGAUGGAUUCUCGCAUAGUUAAAUACAUGUUUCUAAUAAAUAGAUUAAUCGUGAAACCAGUGUUGACAACUAUGACCGUGUGUAUAUCUUUAGUUUACAUGGUUUCCAUGCAAUAGUGCAACAAGCGUUCGAGUCGCAACGGGCCCGUGUAAACAGAAGAAAGAAUUUCGGCUGCAAGAUGCCUACGGACUCGGAAUGCGAGUGUGAGACGGUGUCGAAGGAAUGGCUGCUCGCGAAGCUGCGGUCGGAUGAGAGAGACACGGUGCUAAUUGACUGCCGGGGCUCGAACGAGUACGCGAUGUCGCACAUCCGGUCGGCGGUAAACUUCUCCAUCCCGAGCAUCAUGCUGCGCAGGUUGGCUGCGGGCAAGAUCGAGCUGGCGUCGACGGUGCAGUGCAAGGAGCUGAAGGCGCGCAUCGUGGCGUGCCGCGCGCGAGGCACGUUCGUGCUGUACGGGGACGGCGCGCCGCGGGACCCUGACACGGUGCACGGCAUCCUGCUGCGCCGCCUCAAGCAGGACGGCGUGCAGGUCGUCUGCUUGCAAGGUGACUUCCCGGAGUUCCACCGCGCCUAUCCGGAGUGGUGCAGCGAGGCGGGCGCCCAGCAUGUGCCGCACCUGCCGCUCAUGGGGCUGAGGUCCCUGCGCAUCUCGGGGUCGGGGUGCGAGGAGGGGCUGUCGUCGGGCUCGUCCUCGGAGUGCGAGGAGCCGCACGCGCACGCGCCCGACUUCCCCGUCGAGAUCCUGCCCAACCUCUACCUCGGCAACUCCACCAACAGCGAGGACUGCGACGCGCUCGCCAGGCACAACAUCAAGUACGUGCUGAACGUGACGCCGGACCUGCCCAACGCCUUCGAGGCGGCGGGCGGCGACAUCAGCUACCUGAAGAUCCCCAUCGCCGACCACUGGAGUCAGAACCUGUCCGUGCACUUCCCGCAGGCUAUACGGUUUAUUGAGGAGGCGAUGUCGGCGCGGUGCGGCGUGCUGGUGCACUGCGUGGCGGGCGUGUCGCGCUCGGUGACGGUGACGCUGGCCUACCUCAUGCAGCGCCACCGCCUGUGCCUGCGCGACGCCUUCGAGCUGGUGCGCGCGCGCAAGACCGACAUCGCGCCCAACUUCCACUUCAUGCGCCAGCUGCACGCCUUCGAGCGCGACCUCGGCCUCCACGAGCGCAGCGCCAGCCUGAGUAAGGUGCUGGAGGAGUUGGGCGUGCGUGAGCUGGCGUGCGCGGCGGACGACACGGGCGCGGCGGCGGCGGCGGCGCCGUGCGGCUGCGCGGCCGCCGCGCCCACGGGCGUGUCGCCGGACUCCGGCAUCGAGUUCGACCGCUGGAGCGCGGCGCGCGACACGCCGCAAUGACAGUUCUUCGCGCCGCCGUG